GAGAAAAAUGGCUUAACUCUGAAAUUUCUAAUCCUAGUUCAAAAUGUUACAGGGCAGUAACUUAUCCAGAACUUGAUCAAGCACUUAAGGAAUUUGUGUUAAUUUACCAAAAUAAAACAAUUCUAAGCGAUGCUUUUCUUGUUAAAAAGGCUAAACAUACUAAAAUUCUCUUUGCAGAUACUAAUACUAACUUACAAGAUCUCUCUGAUGAUAUUUCUCAAACAAUGAAUUCAGAGCUUGAUGAUUUUUCUGAUAUACUUGAAGCCCUUCAUCCUCAUCUUACUUACUCAAUGCAAGUUGAAGAAUUCUUAGUAGCUAAUUUAACCACUAAUGAUUCAGAAGAAAUGGAUAAUGAUAGUAAUGAAAUUUCUAUAAUAAAUAUUAACACAGCAAUGGCAAGCUUGGAAACAGUGUGUACUUUUCUUCUUCAACAAGAUAAUAAUACGAAUGAAUAUAUUAAGACUGCUAGAAAA